AUGGGCAGCAUAUCUCCUCCUAAAGCUCGCAUUGCAUCGGUCUCUGGCUCUGUCACCGACCGACGACAUGAAUUUGCGGAGAUUGCGGCACACGAAGAUGUGCAGUACAUCACAGGCGAUUAUAUGUCGGAGUACAACAUGACGACGCGCGGCGGAGGGAAAACCGUUGGCAGCAGCAGCGACAUCGCGAAGACCGAGUACGAGGACUGCUUCUUAGAGUCCAUCCUCCCCGCCCUGCCGCACCUCUCCGAGCGCCGCAUCAAAGUAGCUGUGAACGCCGGCGCGAGUGAUACAAGAAAGCUGUACGAGAUCCUUCAGGCCGAAAUUGAUGCACAGAAGCUCGAUCUUCGGGUUGCGUGGGUAGAAGGCGACGAGGUAAUGGCCGCCGUUACUAAAGCCAUUGACUCUGGAGAGGGCUUCACGAGUCUGACGACUGGCAAGAAACUGAGCGGCUGGGCCUACGAACCGAUAUAUGCUCAGUGCUAUCUCGGUGCUUUCGGGAUUGUAGAAGGCUUGAGGCAAGGCGCUGAUAUCGUCGUUUGUGGAAGGGUUGCGGAUGCGUCUCCCGUCAUCGCUUGUGCUGCGUAUCAUCACAACUGGACGAGGGACGACCUGUCACCGCUGGCGCAUGCCUUUGUCGCAGGACAUUUCAUCGAGUGCGGCACUUACGUGACAGGCGGCAACUUCUCGGGGUUCAAGAGUCUGCCGUCGGGGAUGGCGACCAACAUUGGCUUUCCCAUUGCAACCGUUGAUGCGGAUGGUGUGUUCACCAUUUCGAAACAGCAGAACAGAGGAGGGAUGGUGACGGUCGACACAUGCAAAGCCCAACUUCUCUAUGAGAUCCAGGGCCCGCUCUACUACAACUCGGACGUGAUGGCCAAGCUCGACAACAUCAAGAUUGAACAAGUCGGUCGUGAUCUGGUACGGGUGUCGAACGUUGGCUACGAGAAGCCACCUCCGACGACCAAAGUCGGCCUAACAGCACCGGGCGGCUUUCAAGCAGAGGUCCACUACUUUCUCUGCGGUUUGGACAUCAAGGAAAAGGCAGGGAUGAUCGAAGCGCAGAUCCGCGCAGCGUUGGACGUCGCCAAAUACCACACGCUGAAGUUCCGCAUCAGUGGCUCCUGCCCGUCAGAGCCCUCCAACCAAGACGCAGCAACGGUCGAUUUCCGCAUCUUCGCGCAAAGCACUCACCAUUCCGCACUCGCGGUCGAGAACUUCCUCCGGCCGUGUACGGACUCGAUCAUGCAGAGCUAUCCCGGUGCCACCUUCGCCGUCGACACUCGCCAAGCACUUCCCAAGCCUUACUACGAGUAUUGGGUCACCGUGCUGCCUCAGAGCGAAGUGAAGCACGCGUGUCAUGUGCCCCAUAAGAACGCGAGCAUCCCUAUUCCCCCACCGACCGACACUGUCGACUUCGUGUUCGAGCAGGACUCAUACGAGACGAAAGACCCGGUGGAACUGUCGACCUUCGGGCCGGCCAUUCGAGCACCCCUCGGACACGUCGUCCACGCCCGGUCCGGCGACAAAGGCUCGGAUUGCAAUGUGGGAUUCUUCGUACGUUACGCAGACGAGUGGGAUUGGCUCCGCAGUGCCUUGACCGUCGACCGGAUCAAGCAGAUGCUGGGAGAGGACUAUGUCGGCAAGCCCAUCUUUAGGUUUGAGCUGUCUAACAUCUGGGCCGUCCAUUUUCUGCUGAAAGACCACUUGGACCGCGGUGUCUCAUCCAGCUCUACCUACGAUGUCCUGGGCAAGAAUGCGGCCGAGUACCUUCGAUGCAAGUAUAUCCACAUUCCGCUCAAGUUCUAUGAGAGGGGCAGGAUCUGA